AUGGCAAGAGGAAUUCUCUUCCCUGCUGGACUCACCGUCCUAACUAUUGUUGUCCUAGUCCAUCAAAUUUGCAGUGCUGAGGACUGUCCUCCUUCGACCUGCGGCAGUAUCCGUAACAUAAGCUAUCCGUUUCGGUUAGAAGGCGAUCCAGAAAACUGCGGCGAUUCAAGAUAUGCUCUGUCAUGCGAGAACAACCAGACAGUGUUGAACUUAUAUGAUGGAAAAUACUACGUACGGCAAAUCAAUUACAAUAACUACACAAUCCGAGUUGUAGACCCAGGUAUUCUAACCGCUAACGACUCCUUCAUUGCCCGUUAUCCUCUAGGCUACGAUAAUUUCAGUUCUGGGGAUCCAUAUGAUGUAUCUCAUCAAAACAUACCAAGCUCUGUGGUUUUCUUGAAGUGUGAAAAGCCAGUGAAAUCUCCGUGGUAUUUCGACAUUAGUUGCCUUAAGAAUGGAGUGUAUUCUUCCGACUCUUCUUUAUCCCAUUCCAAGAAGUACACAUAUUUUCUAUUUAGCAGCUAUACAGGGGUUGUGGAGGACUUGUGCCAAGUAGCUCAAGUUUCUUUGUCACCGUGGCCGUGGUCAGCAAAUGAUGACUUAAGAAAUAAUAUUUCCUGUACAGCCGUCCGCAAUGAAUUGCUAUUUGGUUUUCAACUUUUCUGGUACCAAGUUUACUGUGAAAGCAGGUGCGGCAGAAAUGACUAUUGCUACCUCAAUGCGGAAAAUAAUGUUACUUGCAAUGGAAAUGGUGCGUAA